AUGAGAGCCAGGUACAAGGGCCCUGGAGGUACGGGAGUAGUUUCCCUUGGGGAUGAUGCCACCGUUGGCCAACUUUUCGACGAGAUCAAGACUCAGACCGGCAUCAACGACUUUACGCUCAAAUUUGGCUGGCCUCUUCAAACCUUGAGCCUCGAACAGAAGGAUGCCAACGCCAAGGAGCUCGGUCUUAAUGGUCAAUCAUUUACCAUCGAGCCCGCCCCAUCACAGAGGCAAACGCCUGCAACUUCAGCCGCGUCUCAAACCAGGCCCUCCGAUGCGAGCGUUCCGAUAUCCAAGAAGCCUCGACUCGACUCAGCGAGCGACCCUAGCCCGUCCGAUAUCAGUAUCCCGUGGCCUGAACGCGAGUCAACCCUCUUGCUGCGGGUCAUGCCCGAUGACAACAGCUGUCUAUUCACCGCCUUCGGCGGCGCCAUCCCGGGCAAGCAGAUGGAAGCCAAGGAGCUCCGCAAGAUGAUCGCGGAUUACAUUCGCCAACAUCCCGACGAGUACUCCGAGGCCGUCCUCAACAUGCCCCCGGAUAAGUACUGCCGUACAAUCCAGGACCCUGACCGCUGGGGCGGUGCAAUCGAACUCGGCAUUUUCUCAGACCUCUUUGACCUCGAGAUCCUCGCUUUCGAUGUCAAGAGCCAGAAUCCACUCAAGUUCGGUGAGAACAAGGACUCGCGCUGCAUCCUCGUCUACUCGGGCAUUCACUACGACCGCGUCGCCUGCAGCCCCUCGGAGCCGCCCUUCACUCACUCAGACCUCCCUCCCGAGCUUGACCGCACCAACUGGAGCACCUCGGAUGACGAGAUCCUGGCAAAAACCAGGGAACUCAUCCGGAAGCUGCACGAGAUGCAUUACUUCACUGACACGGUCGAUUUUCUGCUUCGCUGCACUAUUCCCGGCUGCGACUGGAUCGGCAACGGUGAGAAAGAGGCCAAUAAGCACGCCGCCCAGACCGGCCAUAUGGGUUUUGAUGAAAUCAAGGACGAACCCCAUGGCGGCGCCGGCACUGCUGCUGCCGUUGGCGACACCACUCUGCGGAAGUGCAAUGCACCUGGUUGUGAGUGGCUUGGCACCGGCACGAUCGAGUCCCGUAUGCACACAAGCGAGACGGGCCAUACGUCCUUGACCGAAAUUCCCGACUUUUAG